UGUAAUUCGGCUACUGCAGCUUUGUGCUGCUUCUGGAGAAUCUGUGAAAACAGUGUUCCUGUCAAGGGAGUUUAAAUGGGAGUUCACGGGCUCUGGAAGCUAUUAGAGAGCACGGGGAAGCCUAUCAACCCUGAGACCCUUGAAGGGAAGAUCCUUGCUGUCGAUAUCAGCAUCUGGCUCAACCAAGCCGUGAAAGGGGUGCGGGAUCGAGAUGGGAACAGCGUCCAGAACGCUCACUUGCUCACGCUCUUCAACCGACUCUGCAAGCUUCUCUUCUUCCGCAUCAAGCCCAUCUUUGUCUUUGAUGGAGAUGCACCGCUGCUCAAAAAGCAGACCCUGGCCAUCAGAAGACAGAGGAAAGAAGAGAUCACUCGUGAGUCCCAGCAGACCAAUGAGAAGCUCCUGAGGACCUUUCUGAAGAGGCAAGCCAUCAAAGCAGCACUGGGAGACCGGAGUCAAGAGACCAUUCCCAGCAUCUCCUCAGUGAGACAGGAGGAGGCGGAUGACAUAUAUGCUCUGCCCGCGUUACCACCCGCAGAGGAGAGAGAAAGAAACAGUUCAGACGAAGAUGCAGAGAGAGAAUGGGAGGAGACCGUACAAAACCGUAACAGGUUUCAGGAAGAGAUCUAUGAAGAUCCAAAUGCCGUGGACAUAAACUCGGAAGAGUUUUCCCUCAUGCCACCUGAGGUCAAGCAUGAGAUCCUGAAGGAGAUGAAGGACUUCAACAAGAGACGGCGUACUUUGUACCACAAACCUCCAGAGAAAUCCGGUGACUUCUCACAGUACCAGUUGGCUGGGUUGCUGCAAAGGAACAGGCUGAACCAGCGUUUGGAGGAUGUGGAGCAGGAGAUGAGCCAGCGUAGCUCAGGGGUACUAGAGCAACAGCCCGACCAAGACAAAGGCCACAGUGUGGAGUCCCGCCGGCUGGUGUCAGAGGACUCUUCCCAUUACAUUCUCAUCAAAGGGCCCCAGAAUAACAAGAACACCUCGGAGAGCCAAGUGGCUGCCACACCCUGGUCAAGUGGACCCUGGGCAAGACAAAAGAGAGCCAAAGGGAGACCAGAACCCCUCUGGCGGCCCAUAGCAGAAGAUAGCGCAGAGGAGAAUGAACUCUCCUCCUCUUCCUCUUCAUCCACAACUCCCAAACCAGCACCUAGUGGUGAGGACCAACAUGGAGCACCUCCCUCCCCCCGGACCCUCAAGGCCAUACAAGCAGCUAUGACAGACAGCAGCAGCUCUGACGAAGAAGUCGCUUCCAUCAAGAGAAGGGUCAAGGUUGGAGACAGAGCUAAAGAUUUUCAUGAUGAGGGUGGAGGUGACGUUUCUCCACGGACUCUGCAGGCCAUUCAGAGUGCCCUGAUGGAGGAUGACGUAGUCCCUAAGGAGGUGCAUCAAAAGGAUCGUGUUAAACCCCAGAAGAACCUUGUUGUCAUUAGCAGUUCUGAUGAGGAAGAUAGCAGAGAGGAACGUUUGGACAAGGAGGUUAAAAAGGAAGAGGAGGAGGCGGACGGUGGACUGUCACCUCAGACCUUGCUGGCCAUUCAGAACGCCUUGACGAAAGGAGAGGGUCUCCUCAAGGAUCGCUUCCAGCCACAGGAGGAGCAGGUGGACCUCAGGAGCAGCUCUGAGAAGGAACGAAUGGAGGAGUUUGUUGGUGCGAGGAGUAAGGCUUCCAGCUCCGCCAUACCGUCAGAUGACGCAACACAAAUCCUUGGAAGCGCUCCAGAUACAGGAUAUCCCUCUUCAGAUCAAGAGUCGGACAAGGAACUAGAGCCAGUUCUUCGAUCUAAGCCCCCGCUUGUUGACAGCUCCUCAUUACGCAAAGGACUUGAAAUGACCCGUGUAUCUCUUAAUCCUGUUACUGAUGGACAAAAGAUCUCCACAGGAGAACAGACAGAGGAGAAAAAUGGACAGAUAGUGAUAAAGAGUGAAGAGAGUGAGGAGAGCAGUUCUGAAGAGAGCUUCAUUGAGGUGUCAGAAGCAGAGGAUGAAAGUGGAUCAGAUGAUUCGCAUACCAAGGUAGACGCAGUGCCAGCUCAGAGCGCCAGUCCUCAUGCAGAUAGGACAGAAGAAGAGGAGGAGACCAAAGGGGAUGAUUCGAUUGGUGAGAGCAUCUCACAAGAUAACAGUGAGGUGGAGGAGAAAGGAACUGGAUCUUCUCAGGGAUCAGAUGCUGCCGCGGCAUCCAAUGAAUGGGAUGACAUUGAUAUGGAGGAGCUGGUGCAGCUGGAGAGCUCUUUGCAGGCGCAGCAGAGCAACCUGAGAGGACAGCAACAACAGCAGGAGCGCAGCGCUGCCACCGUCACUGGACAGAUGUGCCUUGAGAGCCAGGAGCUCCUGCGACUCUUCGGCAUCCCCUUCAUGGUGGCGCCCAUGGAAGCGGAGGCCCAGUGUGCCGCGCUGGACCGAACCGAUCAGACCCACGGAACCAUCACAGACGACAGUGACAUCUGGCUCUUCGGCGGACGCCACGUCUACAAGAACUUCUUCAGCCACAACAAAUAUGUGGAGCAUUACCAAUAUGUGGACCUACAGAACCAACUCACUCUGGACCGGACCAAGCUGAUAAACCUGGCUUACCUACUGGGCAGUGACUACACAGAGGGGAUCCCAGGCGUGGGAUACGUCACAGGAAUGGAAAUCCUUAACGAGUUCCCCGGCCCCGGAUUAGAACCACUCCAGCAAUUCAGUGAAUGGUGGGAAGAAGCCCAGAAAAAUAAGAAGUUAGUUGCUAACCCCAAAGACACCAAAGUCAAAAAGAAGCUGAGACACCUGCAGCUACACUCUGGCUUCCCCAAUCCUGCCGUUGCCCAAGCCUACCUACAUCCUGCCAUUGACCAAUCAGAGGCCUCCUUCAGCUGGGGGCGCCCACAGCUAGAGCUCAUCAAGGAAUUCUGUUUGAGUCGAUUUGGUUGGAACAGCAGAAAGACAGAAGAGACACUACAGCCAGUCCUGAAACAGCUAAACUCCCAUCAGACGCAGCUGCGGAUCGAUUCGUUCUUUCGGCUGGAGCAGCAGGAGAGACAGGCCAUUCGCAGCCAGCGUCUGCGCAGGGUAGUCACCUGCCUCAAGAGGAAAGAGCGUGAGGGAGGAGAUGAGGAAGAGGAGGACGAAGAGGAGGAAACAGGCCAAAUCUCUCCGGUUAAGAAAAGCAAGACAACAGGGCCCAAGGAGAAUAAAGAGGGCCCAGCAGCUCCGACGUUCGCGGGGGCGUACGGAGGAGGGUUCAUUGGCUCUCAGCCAAUGAAUACCAACAGUCUAGAGGCGCUGAAGGAAGAGACCGGUGAAGAAGUGGGCGGGGUUAUGGAGGAAAAAAGGGUUUUGACCCGAAAGAACAAACCAAAAUCUAACAACAGCAGCAGCAGCAGUUCAAGUUCAGAGGAUGAAGGUGUGCAGACAAAAGGGGUUGCUAUGGUCACCGCGCGGUCUAUAUUUGAGGGGAAGACAAGAGGGAGGGGGAAGAGGGGUGGGCGUGGCGGGAGGGGAAGAAGCAAGAAGAGCCAAUGA